UAAGUCCAAACUUUCAUAAUAUAAAGCUCCUUAAGAAAGAAGAGUAGUAAGAAGCUAAGCUAUGGAAGGGCAUCAAGAGCUGCUCAAGAAGUCUAGGGUUGUCAAAGUGGACUCAAAGAAAUCAUGGGAUUUUCUUGCAACUCAAGCAACCAAUCAAGGCAGCCCUGUAGUGGUGCACUUCACUGCAUCUUGGUGCAUGCCUUCGUUAGCCAUGAAUCCUAUCUUUGAGGAACUGGCCUUGAGCUACCAAGAUAUUCUCUUUCUGUUGGUGGAUGUUGAUGAGCUUAAGGUUGUAGCCUCCCAGAUGGAGAUAAAAGCCAUGCCCACCUUCUUGUUGAUGAAGGAAGGAACUACAGUUGAUAAGCUUGUGGGUGCUAAUCCAGAUGAGAUGAGGAAAAGGAUUAGUGAUUUUGUUUAUUCUAUUGGCUCAGACAAGACUAGUUGAAUUAAUGUUGUGAUGUUGUCCCUUUUGUUAUGUAAUAAAACAGCCUUGGUUGUCAAAAUUAAGUAAGACUUUGAGAUUAAUACCCCUUUUUUUUAUGAUUCUUGUUUAUUGAACUUGUAAAUGAUGAAAUAUCUCUUGU